AUGGAAACCACAACCCCCGUGCCAUUCGCAUUGCCACUUAUCCGGCUCAACGUUGCCACUCUAGUAUUUCUCCCUAUCGCGUUCGUACUGCUGCUGGCGCGUGUAACACGAAUUACCAAGAAUCAACCCGUGCACCGCCUCCCGCCGUCCCCGCGGGGCCUCCCGGUCGUCGGCAACCUCCACCAGCUCGGCGCGCUCCCGCACCGCGCCCUGCACGCGCUCGCGGCGUCCCACGGGCCCAUCAUGCUGCUUCAGCUCGGCCGCGUGCCCACCCUGGUUGUCUCCUCUGCGGCAGCGGCGCGGGAGGUGCUGCUCGUGCACGACCACGCCUUCGCCAACCGGCCCUCCCUCGCCGUCCCGACCCGGCUCCUCUACGGCUGCACGGACAUAGCCUUCGCGCCGAACGGCGCCUACUGGCGCCGGGCGCGCAAGCUCGCCGUGCUCCACCUCCUGAGCCCCGCCAGGGUGCGCGCCUACCGCCGAGUGCGGGAAGAGGAGGUGUCGGAGCUCGUCCGGAAGGUGGAGGAGGAGCAGAAGCUUCACGGCGUGGUGCGGCUGAGCGAGCUCUUGAGCGGCUUCGCCAAGGACGUGAAUGGGCGGAUCGUGCUCGGGGUGCGGGCCUCGGGCGGCACGGGGUGGCGCAGCAAGGUGGACGCGCUGAUGGAGGAGGCCAACGCGCUGCUCGGGGCGUUCCACGUCGGCGACUACUUCCCGUGGCUGGCAUGGCUGGCCGCUGUGGACGGGACGGACGCCAAGGUGGGCAGGGCGUUUGAGAGGAUUGAUCAGAUCCUUGAGGAGAUCAUCGUCGCUGCCGGCAGCGCCGACGAAAUGAGGGACGGACGAGCAGACGGAGCACCGUGCGGCGACGAGGCGUUCGUGCAUGUGCUGCUGUCGCUUCAGAGUGAUUCUGUCGGCCAUGGGUGGCGUUUCAGCAGGGACAACGUGAAGGCGCUACUGGAGGACCUGUUCGGAGCAGGGACAGACUCGACCAUCAUCGUCCUGGAAUGGGUCAUGGCCGAGCUGCUCCGCAACAAGGGCGCGAUGCAAAAACUGCAGCAAGAAAUCAGGCGCCACUCAACGAACAGUGCUGAUCACUAUCUCAUCGUCACCGAGCAGGAGCUCCCGGCGAUGGAGUACCUCCGGGCCGUCAUCAAGGAGACGAUGCGGCUGCACCCGCCGGGCCCGCUGCUGAUCCCCCGCGAGUCCAUGCAGCACCGGAGGGUGGACUGCUACGACGUCCCGCGCAGGACCCGGAUCAUUGUGAACGCGUGGGCCGUCGGGAGGGACCCAGCGGCGUGGGACGGCGCCGACGAGUUCCGGCCGGAGAGGUUCGUCGGCAGCGAGGUGGAUUUCCGGGGGCGGCAUCCCCAGCUCAUACCCUUUGGCGCCGGCAGGAGGAUGUGCCCCGGGGUCGGGUUCACGGCGGCCGUCGUGGAGCUCGCUCUCACCAACCUCUUGGGGAGGUUCGACUGGGAGAUUCCGCCAUCAGAUGUAGUGGACAUGGAGGAAGCGCCUGGGAUCACGUCGCGGAAGAGGAUGCCACUGUGCGCAGUGGCGGCACAUCCCGCGGAAUGA